CAGCAGGCUGGGAUCAGAGAGACCCCAUUUCUGUCUGAAAUGUCUGCAGAGAACCUGGUGCCCCAGCCCUAGCCCUGGGGAAAUGAAAGCCAGGCUGGAGUUCAAAUGAGGGCAGUUUCCCUUCCUGCGGGCUGCUGAUGGAACAACCCCAUGACUAGAAGGACCCAGCCUCCGCGGCCACACACCGUGUGUCUCUCUGUUCCGCCGGCACUGAGGACUCAUCCAUCGGCACAGCUGGGGCCACUGGGAGGAGACGCCAUGACCCCCACCCUCAUGGUCCUGUUCUGCUUCGGGCUGAGUCUGGGCACCAGGACCUGUGUGCAGGCAGGGCCCCUCCCCAAACCCACUGUCUGGGCUGAGCCUGGCUCUGUGAUCAGCUGGGGGAGCCCCGUGACCAUCUGGUGUCAGGGGACCCUGGACGCUCAGGAGUACCGUCUGGAUAAAGAGGGAAGCCCAGCACCCUGGGACAGACAGAAACCACUGGAGCCCAGGAACAAGGCCAAGUUCUCCAUCCCAUCCGUCACACAGCACUACGCAGGGAGAUAUCGCUGUUACUAUCACAGCCAUCCAGACUGGUCAGAGCGCAGUGACCCCCUGGAGCUGGUGGUGACAGGAGCCUACAGCAAACCCACCCUCUCAGUCCUGCCGAGUCCUCUUGUGACCUCAGGAGAGAGCGUGACCCUGCUGUGUCAGUCAUGGAGCCCGAUGGACACUUUCCUUCUGUUUAAGGAGGGGGCAGCCCAUCCCCUGCUGCGUCUGAGAUCAGAGCACGGAGCUCAGCUGCACCAGGCUGAAUUCCCCAUGGGUCCUGUGACCUCAGUGCAUGGGGGGACCUACAGGUGCAUCAGCUCACGCAGCUUCUCCCACUACCUGCUGUCACGCCCCAGUGACCCCGUGGAGCUCACAGUCUUAGGAUCCUUGGAGAGUCCCAGCCCCUCACCCACAAGGUCCAUCUCAGCAGCUGCAGGCUCUGAGGACCAGCGCCUCAUGCCUACAGGGUCAGACCCCCAGAGUGGUCUGAGAAGGCACUGGGAGGUACUGAUCGGGGUCUUGGUGGUCUCCAUCCUGCUUCUCUCCCUCCUCUUCUUCCUCCUCCUCCAACACUGGCGUCAGGGCAAACACAGGACAUCAGCCCAGAGACAGGCUGAUUUCCAACGUCCUCCAGGGGCUGCAGAGCCAGAGCCCAAGGAUGGGGGUCUACAGAGGAGGUCCAGCCCAGCUGCUGACGUCCAGGGAGAAAACCCCAAUGCUGCCAUGAAGGACACACAGCCUGAGGACGGGGUGGAGCUUGACAGUCAGGCUGCUACAUCUGAAGCCCCCCAGGAUGUGACCUACGCCCAGCUGCAGAGCUUGACCCUCAGACGGGAGGCAACUGAGCCUCCUCCAUCCCAGAAACGGGAACCUUCAGCUGAGCCCAGUGUCUAUGCCACUCUGGCCAUCCACUAAUCCAGGGAGGACCCAGACCCCACAAACCACGGAGACUCAGGACCCCAGAAGGCAUGGAAGUUGCCCCCAGUGGACAUCAUUGAACCCCAGCCAGCCUAGAUCCCUAACACAGACCACUAGAAGAUUCUGGGAACUUUGGGCUUCACCUGAUUCUGCAAAGAUAAAUAGUAUCCCUGCAUUAUCAAAAUAAAGUAGCAGACUUCUCAGUUCACAAUGAGUUAACUGAUGGAAAAAAAAAAACAGAAGUCAGAAAAUGUUUUAAAUUGAGUGAUCAUGUAAAUAUUACACAUCAAACCAAUGACAUGGGAAAAUGGGAGCUUCUAAUGAGGACAAACAAAAACUAAGGAAAAAUUAAUAAAGUCAAAAGUUUAUUCUUGAAAA